AUGGCGACGUUGCUGUCUUGUGCGUCUUGCUCCCUGGAAAAAACGAAUUUGCUCAAAUGCUCAAGAUGCAAGUCUGUUUUCUACUGCAGUAAGGAAUGCCAAAAGUUACAUUGGAAAGCUCACAAACCUAUCUGUAAGCCAAUCCAGAAGUUACCAACACCAAAUUUGAAGUCAAAGUUUCCACAACCACCUAAGAAAGACUCACAAAGCCUAGCAGCAUUUGUUUGUAGUUCUUUAAAAGAAGAAUAUAUCAGUGUAAUUGAUGACCUCUUCGAAGACGAAGAGGCAAUAAACAUAUUGGAAGAUGUAAAAAAGCUUCACACCUCAGGAAUUUUCCAAGAGGGGCAGCUGAGCGGAGGAAAAACAGCUUCUGAUGAUGAACAGAAAUUCAUAGAAAAUAGAAUACGAGGAGAUGAAAUAACUUGGCUGGAAGGAAACGAAAAACAUGUUCCGAACAUUGUGAAGUUGAUAGAGUUUGUUGAUAGCUUGGUUAUGUCUUGUUGCGAGUUGCCCGGUGGACUCAAUGGGUAUCACAUUGAGGGGCGUGCCAAAGCUAUGGUAGCUUGUUACCCGGGCAACGGGACAGGUUACACGAGGCAUGUGGACAAUCCUGAUGGAGAUGGUCGUUGCCUCACUGUUAUAUAUUAUCUUAACCAGGGGUGGGGUGAGGACAAGGGUGGAAAGUUGAGAAUUUAUCGAGAAAAACAUCACAUUGAUGUUGAACCUGUUCUUAAUAGGUUGCUAAUGUUUUGGUCUGAUGGUCGAAAUCCCCAUGAGGUUUUACCAGCCCACUGUACCAGGUAUGCUAUUACUAUAUGGUAUUUUGAUGCUGAGCAAAGACGUAAAGCCAAACAGCAUCAUAGUUUUAAUGAUAUGGGACAUCUUGAAGCAGAAUUUGCCUUGAUGGAUGUUGAAGCUAAGAGAAAAGAGAGAGAUUUAGCAGAAAAGAAGCUUAGGGAAGAAUCUGAGAAAUUGGUGAAAAACUUACUCUCUGAUGAGGACUUGGAUGCUUUGUCUGCUCUGGUUAGACAUCAUCCUAACCCUAAUGAAGUACUCACUAGUCUUGGUAUUGAUAAGAGUGUACAGGAAGCUUUAUUAAAGCUACUAGUUGAAAGAUAA